GAGACCUUUUCCACUGCUUUCUCCGUAUCACAGACGCUCACUCCAUCACUCUUUCCACUUCAGCAUCCUUGAAAAAGAGAAAAAGAGCCUCUGAUUUUAUCCAACCGCAUCGAUAAUGUCAGGCGCAGUCUCACCGCAUCUCCUCCUCCUCUUCCUCUCCGCUUCCGUCCUCUUCUCCGCCACCACCGCGACCGACCACAUCGUCGGCGACAACCGCGGCUGGAAUCCCGGCGUCAACUACACGCUCUGGGCCGGAAAUCACACCUUCUACGUCGAAGAUCUCAUCUCCUUCAGGUACCAGAAAACCACCUACAAUGUCUACAGGGUCAAUGAGACCGGGUACGACAACUGCACGACGGAGGGAGCAUUGGGAAAUUGGAGCAGCGGCAAGGAUUUCAUCCUCCUCGACAAGGCCAAGAGAUACUAUUUUAUCUGUGGAAAUGGAUUUUGUUUCAGUGGGAUGAAGGUGACUGUUCUUGUCCACUCGCUGCCGCCGCCACCGGCUGCGUCAGUCUCGGAAGACCAUAAGAGUGGCAGAGAAGCGGUUUUCCGGCGAGGAUGGGCUGUUUUCAGGGUGGUUUUGAGUGUAAUGACUGUUUCAGUUGGGUGGGUCAUCGGUGAACUGAUUUGAAAUUAAAGAAUUGCCCGUGGGGGGCAUUUUGGUAAUUUUUUUCUU